AAUACGCCUGAACCAUUGAAUGCCAGCUAAGCUUGAUGACGUCAGGUAUAUUAGCCUGCGUACACCUCUAUGAAGCUACUUGUAUUCAAGGUCCAAACAUAUAGCCUCUGACACUGUUCUACUACCUGCGAGAGAAGCCAGUGUCCGCUGAAUUCUCGUCAGAAGAACACGAUAAUGGCUAAAAGAGGUGUGGAGACCCCAUCGUCGUAGUCGCGCACACGAGUAGAUGAGGGGGCGAUCACGAACUACUACCUACCCAAAAUACCUGCUUCGGGCAUCACCUUAAACAACCUACACAAAUUUCAACCCAUACAUUUCUAAAGAACUGCUGUGUCCAAGAGUCUCCCUGAUCUAGAAAUAAGACAAAAUUGGCUAUAAUCCAGCGUUAGCAUACAGCCAACCAUAUCUAAAAUAAAUAAAUACACAAAGGGUAGUUAGUAUAAUCCAAGAUGAGCAAGUUCGAUAUCGAGGACGCGCGGUCCCGAUUCCCAGCCCUUGCAGGAGACCAAAUCUUCUUCGACAACGCGGGCGGCAGCCAAACCUUGGGCAGCGUGAUCGAUGCAAUCCGCGAUUACCUCUCGCGGACCAACGUCCAGCUGGGCGCAACGUAUAGCACGGGCAAGCUCGCGACGGAGCGGUAUGAUGCCGGCUUCGCGGCCGGGGCACGAUAUAUCAAUGCCGAGACGUCUGAGAUAGUCUUCAGCUCCUCUACAACGCAACUCCUCCGCAACCUCUCGUUCGCGCUCACCUUCACCGAAGGCGACGAGAUAAUCAUAUCGACCAUCGACCACGAGGCGAACAUCGGGCCCUGGGUCGAUCUAGCAUCUCGGCUGAAGCUGGGCAUCAAAUGGUGGACGCCGACUCUCCCUUCCCCUCCCCCAGCUAACCCCAACCCGAUUCUCACGGCGUCUUCCCUCGCCCCUCUCCUCACGUCGCGCACGCGUCUGGUAUCGUGCACGCACGCGAGCAAUGUCCUCGGCAGCACGAACCCGAUCGCCGAGGUCGCGGCCGCCGUGCGCGCGGGUCCGUCCCCGGAGGCCCUGGUGGUCGUGGACGGGGUCUCGUGGGCGCCGCACAGACCCGUUGAUGUCCGCGCCCUUGGUGUCGACGUAUAUGCCUUUUCGUGGUAUAAGGUGUAUGGGCCGCAUAUCGCUAUGCUGUACGCGAGUCAGCGGGCUCAGGGCCAGAUGAAGUCUCUUGGACAUUAUUUCAAGGAGGGGCAUACGCUGGAAGAGAAGAUCGGCCUAGCAGGCGCAAGCUACGAGCUCCUGCACACGCUCCCCAGCAUAACCUCGUAUCUCCCCGAAUCCGCAGAAUCAUGGGAAAGCCGCGAGGCACACGAAGAAGCGCUGCAAAGGACGCUCCUGACAUACCUCGUCGCGCGCCCGGACGUCACCAUCUACGGCGACACCACGGGGUCCCCAGACGUCCGGGUGUCGACCGUGUCCUUCCGUUUCAAGGGCUGGUCCUCGCGGGCCGUCGUCGAGACCGUCGAGGCCGCCACGAACUUCGGCUUCCGCUGGGGCAACUUCUACUCGCCGCGCCUGGUGCACGGAUUACUCGGUCUCGGGGACGAUGGCGUGGUGAGGGUUAGUCUGGCGCAUUAUAAUACCGUCAACGAAGUAAAGGGUUUCAUCGACGCUUUAGAGAAGUAUAUUCCGCAGAAGGAAUAGGUUAGAUAGAUAAUACUCCGAUGUUUGAGAGGAUCUUAUUGUGUGGUAUACAAGCAAAGAAUAUAUGAGUUAGAGCUUUGUGCGUACGUUAAUUGUAAGCGAACAGGCGGGAGAACCAGAUUAUAUAACAAGCAAGACAAGAUCUGUGCCUGUGACCAAUUUCAGACUACGAUAUAUCCAACUCUUAGCAAACCAAUUACGACUUCAUAGA